GAGAGAGAGAGAGAGAGCAUCAGUUGAGAGGCACGCGCGGUCGGAGCCACACGCGUUAAUUAGCGGCGGGACACAUUAACCGGAUUAUGUGGGUCUGGGGAGAAUAAGAAGUGGCCUGAAUCCGGUGUCACGCGGGAUUAAGUGCCAGGAGCCCGUCCCACCGCUCUGCCAUCACCAGCAUGGGCAUAGACCGCCGGCGGAGAGCCUCCCUGGCUCUCAGCUUGAACUUCCUCGCGCUGUUCCUGGCGGUGUCGGCGCUCACCACCAGCUACUGGUGCGAGGGCACGCGCAAAGUGGUGAAGCCGUUCUGCUCCGGCCCGGUCACCACCAAGCAGUCGUUCUGCAUCAUGUUCAACAGCUCCAACGUCAACGACACGCGCCUGGUGCAGUACAUCUGGGAGACCGGCGAGGACAAGUACGUGAUGAGGAAGUUUCACACCGGCAUCUGGUUCUCCUGCGAGCAGAACAUCAACAUGAGCGGUGAAAAAUGCAGAAGUUUCAUUUAUGUGGCACCAGCAAACGAAAGAGGAGUUCUGUGGCUUUGCAUCGUGGCAGAGUGCCUGUACAUCCUCCUUCUGGCCACCGGAGGCAUCCUCAUGUCAUUAGAAGUGUGUCACUUUGGCAACGUCAUCGAUGGCCUAAAGCUCAAUGCCUUUGCUGCCAUAUUCACCGUGCUCUCAGGACUUUUGGGUAUGGUGGCCCACAUGAUGUUUACAACAGCCUUCCAGCUGACCGUCAGUCUGGGACCAGAAAACUGGAAACCUCAAACUUGGGACUACAGCUGGUCUUACAUUUUGGCAUGGAGUUCCUUCACGGCUUGCAUGGCGUCCUCAGUCACCACCAUCAACCGCUACACAAAAACCAUCCUGGAGUUCAAGCACAAGCGCAGGAACAUUGAGAAGAACCUGAGGAUCAAACAGAAGCUGCUGGAGCUGGACUCCCCGGAGCAGGUGUGGGACAUGUACAUCAGCUCAGUGCCGAGCACCGCCGAAGAGCUCCUGGACCUGUCGACGAACAGCCGCAAGCUCUCCAACACCUCCAUCUUCCUGGACCUCAACGACUUGCCAGAUCCACAGGGAGAGGAGUACUGCUAGACGAGCAGCGGGUUAGCAUUUCUCAAACAUUGUUGUAUCGGUUCUGUGAGACAACAGUGGGAGUWGUGGGAACAAAAGUGGAUCAUAGCUGAACAUCAGUUCCACCGCAUCACUUUUCUAAUACAACACACAACAAUGUAUUUUUAAGACAAGAAUUAUGUGUUCAAAUGUGAAUUCAACAAGGAGUUCCUCUCAUUUACACAAAGACAAAAGUAUACAUAGAUUCAUUCAGACCUAAAGGUGGUGAAGGUUCUCAGAUGUCCUAACAUAACAAGACUAAAGCUUAUAGAUUCUUGUUAGUGAUCAUUAUUGAAACGUUUGAUGGUCAGACAAGAUACGGCCUUUAGGCUUGAAUAUAUAGAAAAGUAUGGUGUAGAAUAAAAAGUGUGUUUGGAGGAGUCAAGGUGAAGCUUUCAAAUCUAAGAUCACUGURCCAGCUGUCGAGCAUGGCGGUGGUAGAACCAUGCCGUGAAACUGGUGAAUUGCACAAAGUGAACAGAAAAAGAAAAGAAAAGAUCUACCUCCAAAUUCUUUAACGUCACCUUUAAUCAACAGUGAAACGGUUGAAACUUAGACACUUUUAGGUGUUGCACCAGAUUAAUGAUCCCAAACACAUCAAAACAGUUUUCCUGAUUGGAUAAAUCGUGCUGGCGUUAAGCUUCUGGAUUGGCCAUCUCAAACCCCUGACCACAGCUCUAUCAAAAUUUGUGACUUAUAUGUAAAAACUUGGUCCAUACCAGGAACAAAACAGUUUAAAGGAAGUCUACCAACUCUGCCAAGAAGAGUGAUUAAAUAUCCAAACAGAAUUAUACCAGAAUGGGUACAAAAAUGUAACUUCCCAUUAAAUUCACACUUUUGCAAACUUAUGCACUUAUUUUUGGAUUUAAAUUGAAAGUUGUAUGUUGUAUAAUCAUUUCAUCUUAGAAAAACAAUGGUUCAACCAAAUCAAUAAAAGCCCCAAACUAUUGACAUCCAUGUAAAGUAAUGAUUAGAUGUAAACUUUAGACAACAUCUGUAUACGUUGGAUGUUAUUUGGUUUAUCUUUUAGGUUUUUGAGCUAGUUGUUUUUGGAAGCAGAGUCCUGAGAGAUGAGUAGCUGACCAGGGACUGUGCUAAAAUGACUUUGCAUUUUCACAAUGUUAGCUGAUUAUUUUACCACAACCCUGAACAGAAACAAAUGGAUAAUGAAAAUGAAUAGAUGGAUUUUUUGUUUCUAGAGCUUAAACCUUCCAGAAGCAACCUGGACUGCAGCCUCAGGAUUACAAGUCCGGGCCUCUAACCACAGUUCUAGCUACAGUACUGUAUUUGCUAGUAUGCCCAUAUUAAUCAGCUUAAUUUAGGACAGAAUAAGAUUCUUCACUUACAAUGUUGUUUCAAUGGUUUUAAACUUUCUGCUUUCCAUCACAGCAAGAGYAGCCAGGCAUUUGAUCACUGCCUUUUUUCUUCGAGUGCAUUUGUUGUGUGAUGGCGGGAUUAUUCUAAAACUUCUUGACCAAAUUCCUAUAAAAUUUAUGUGGAGGCAAAGCACAGCGACAAAAAUCAACCCAGUAAAUUUUAUUGGAUGUUUUGCUCUUUAUGUUUAGAACAGCAGCACAUGGAUAUUAUUCUUGUUUUAAUUGCCGCAAAAUCUGUAUAUUUAGUUUUUUACCAGUAAAAGUUUAAUACCAAAAGUGAGGCGUUCAGUAUCUCAGAUAUGUCUAACAAGGCUGAGUCAGAUCCACUGAACAGGAUCUUCUUUGUUGAAACCUUUUGUCUUUUAUCCAAAAGGCUUCUUCUACGUGAAUUAUUUAGAAUGCAUUGGGACAUUUUUUAGCAAACUUGUCUACAACACAAAACUUGCUAGUAAACAUGUUUGCUAUUUAAUGUUUGUCAGUACUUUGAUGUCCUUUGAUCAUAAAGGGCCAGAAAUAUUUAUUUUUGGUUUAAUUUAAUUUAAUCCAAUUUGCAUUGUAAAUAUUCUUCCGAAGGCCAAGUGUAAAACUGAAAGUUUUAUCAAUUCCUAAACCAAAAGGUAUCCAUCUUUUGUUAAGAAAAUAAUAGAAAAGGGGUUUGUUUCUACUAAAUUGGUCUAAACAUUAUGCAAGUUAAAAUACAGUUUAAAACUCAUUAACAUCUCCCUAUGUUGAAAAUACAAAACAAAUGAAAUAAAAUCUUACACUUAGCUUUUUUGUGUGCUCGUCAUACACUGGUGGUUCUUCUUAAACAACCAGUGACAUAUUAGCAUUUAUGAGGCACCAGAGGUCAUUUCGAAAUGGGUGAAUUAUGUCUAAUUUGGCUUUCCAUACAUGCUGCUUUUCUACACAGCUGAUUUUAAACAAACAUACAAGUUGUGUUUCAUUUGAACCAGCCAGUCUCACUUUGCUUUGGCGCAGAGUGCUUAGUUUAGAUAGUGUUUAUUUUUCUGUUGUGACAAUUGGCAAAAAUCAAAAAAUGUUUGCCCUCCUCUUGAUGAGAGUAGUGGCAGUACACUGUAAAAAAUGAAAUGUUGGAUUUACUUAACCAUGUUAUGUUACCUGGUUCCACUUAACUGAGUUGAGUAAAUUCAAMGCAAUAUWCYAGUUUUUUARCCAAAGAACAUGAGYAUGUUGCUUUGAAUUUACUCAACUCAGUUAAGUGGAACCAGGUAACAUAACAUGGUUAAGUAAAUCCAACAUUUCAUUUUUAGAGUGUAUAUAACAAAAGUAUCCGUACAUGACAUAUGUACUGUUAGGCACAAAUACAUAUACCAUUACACCUCUAAUAAAUAAAAAUACAUUUAAGAAAUCCUACUCAUUAAACUUUCAAUGUUCUCCAAAAUGUUUUUUUUAACUUUAGUACAAAUUGUUUUCUGUGGUCUGUUUGCAACAGGUAAAAGUGCCAGGCUUUUGAAAAUAAUUCUUUGUUUUUAUUACUAUUAUUAUUAUUUUUAGGCCAGAAUAUGAUAUUCUUUUACAAAACUUAACAUGACAYAUCAGACUCACUACAUAAACUUUACAAAAAUGUUAGUAGGUAAAAUAAAGAUGGAAAAUGAACCAAAUGUCUGAAAGUUUUGUAAAAUAACUUUGACAUCCAUAGCCUCUUUGUUAAUACUUUACCAUCUACACUCUAAAAAUGAAAUGUUGGAUUUACUUUACUAUGUUAUGUUAC